UUGGUCGCAUCAGCAGCCAGUUUCAAUUUAAUUCAGUCUGCGUGGAGUUGUAUAUACACGUUGACGUAUCAAACGGGAAGAUAUCCUCCUCGUGUUUCGUACACCAUGUGGUAAAUUCGCCGAUAGUUGUCCGUUUCAUCUGCAAAGUGAUCAUCGAAAAGAGUUGCUGCUGCUCCAUGUAGCCGAACCGGCUGACCUUUUUCACAUAAUUCGUAGUCAUUCCCUUUGAAACCGACCGUGCAUUGUCUGUUCGCUACUGUUUUCUAUUUUGGCCGUCCAGUAUCCGUCUUUAGCGCGUUGGCGGUAGAAAUAGAGAGCGCUUUGUUGCGUAUGAAGAGAAUUUGCUAUUUUUCUCGAACGGUGAAGAAGAUGCCGGUUGGUAGGUGGCUGAAGAUGGAUGCUCAAUUAUUCGCUUUAUUCUUCUUCGUUGCGUUUUUUCAUCAAAGUAUCAACGCCGAGAAUUUGAAACUAUGUGUGGUCGAGAGCGUUGACACGACAAAAAGGAUCCGCGGACUUUGCUCGCAAUUGGUAAACUCAAGGAGUCAGGUAGAAUGUGUUGUAGGAAAUGAUAGGUUUAAUUGCAUGCGGCGGUUGACCAUGGGCAAAGCUGACUUUACUGUACUGGAACCGGAAGAUCUGGUCGCAGCGUCUGCAUACAACGAGUAUAACAUUCUAGUCACGAACGAGUUAAGAUUAUUUCCAGAUGAGAAGCAACGUUAUGAGAUGGUAGUCAUAGUCUCUAAAGAUGUGAGGAAUAUAUGGGACGUUAAGGGUAAGAGGUUCUGCCAUCCUGGACUGGAUACUACCGACGAUUGGACCAAUGCUUUCUCUACGUACUUCGAGCAAUGGAUAAUAUCAAAAGAGUGUGAUCUAGACAAAACGUUGUUAGAGAAUCGAAUGAACGGCUUGUCGAAUUUUUUCGAGGCAGCCUGCAUAGCUGGCCCUUGGACUGCCGAUACCACGUUUAAUAGUAAAUUAAAAUCGAAGUACCGAAACCUCUGCGCCGCGUGCGACAAUCCUGUCGGCUGUUACACGAAUGAUAAGUAUCAUGGUCGCGAAGGCGCUUUAUUGUGCCUCACUGAUAACGCAGGUGAUAUUGCCUGGGUUAGAUUAAAUGACACGUUAGAACAUUUCAAGGAUGAAGAAAUCAACAAGGAAGAUUAUAAAUAUCUUUGUCCGGAUGGUACAACGAGGCCUGUGAAACUUGAUAAACCUUGUAUAUGGAUCACGAAACCGUGGCCUGUGGUUAUUGCUAGAUCAGAGGUAGCAAGGAAGGUGGAGAAGCUGAUGAAUUCCUUGGACGCGGUCAAAUUCAGUUGGAUGCUACGCCAAUUGUUGGAAAGCUAUCAUCCGACGCCGGUGAGCACAGAAUCUCUAGAAACGCCGGAGGACUUCCUAAUAAGAUUUCCCCGUUUUAUGAGCGCCAACAGUCGUUCGACAUGUCAUCCUUCCAGAAGAGUAAGAUGGUGCAUCACGUCAAGCUUGGAGCAGAACAAAUGUAGAUGGCUUAGGGAAGCUUCGAUCGUGUAUGGUGUGGAACCAGCGAUUUCCUGUAUUCAGGAAUUGACCAGAGCGCUCUGUUUAAAGGCUCUCAAGACCGAGCGUGCAGACAUAUUUGUUGCAAGACCGGAGGAACUGUUGGAGGCCAGAAAGAUGGGUCUAAAAACGCUCGUGCAAGUGGUACCCAAGAGGAACGACGAGUUCGUUAGAAUCGCAGCGAUUGUGAAACAGGAUUCAUGGUUCAAGAGUUUGAAAGACCUUAAGGGAGCCAAGGCGUGUUUUACGGGAUAUCGAGACGUCGGAUGGAACGCUUUCAUAAGUGCUUUAAAGAAUAUCUCAGGUACAGGAUCAUAUUGUUCAGAUGUGGAUGCGGUAGCUAAUUUCUUUACAACGAGUUCCAUUGUUGAUCUGAGUGAAAGCGUUGGACCACUGCCGUAUAAUUUACAACCUUUUACUAAACGAGUAAAUGGGAUUGGAAAAGAUCUAAGUGCCUUUGACUGUAUGAUAUCUAACGUUGGAGAUGUAGCUUUUGUCAAUUUGAGGAAUAUCAAAGCAAAUAUUGAUAGUUUCAUGCAAAAACAUGGCCUUCAAGCGAGAGACAACAAAUAUCGAACCUUAUGUUUUAACGAAGUUGAUUCGGAUACAACAUGCUUGCUUACGUGGGCUCCGCUAAGCUCGAUUGUAAUACACGAAAAUAUGACAGUUUUGAGACAAGAGGAAAUCUAUUCGAUGCUGUUAGAAAUGGAUAAACUUUUCGGAAGCACCUAUAAGGGUUCAACACCUGCGUUCUCUAUGUAUGGAAUAUACGAUUCAAAUCAUAGCAUUAUAUUUCCGGAAGAUACGCAACAUUUACAAUUAGAAGUUCAUCAGAUUCAACAAGUAACGUCUUAUCCAGAUAUUGUUAACGAUCUCAUGAAACAUUGUAGCGGCGUAAAAGGACUGAUCUUCCAUUAUAGUAACAUAAUUUUUAUAUAUAUUUUAUAUAUAUUUUUAUUUCUGUGUUAAGUAAAUUACAGUAUGUCUAAAUAUAAACAUUUUUA